GUCGAACCGCAACGCCGGCGUCGACAUCCACUACACCGACGCGGCUCUCGACUCCAAUUUCGACGGCGCGAGGAGAACGAUCGCCAUCGCUCACGGAUUCCAGGAAGAUGGUUACAAUUCGGCGUGGAUGGAUGGCAUUAAGGAUUUGGUGUUGGAUGUGAUCGACGCGAACGUCAUCAGAGUAAAUUGGAAGACCUUGGCCGCUGCCCCGAGGUACGACUUGGCCGCCGUCGACACUUCCUUCGUCGGGAAGGAGUUGGCGAGUCUCUUGAACGACUUGAAGCAACGAGGAGGACUCUCUUCUACGAACGUUCAUCUCAUCGGCUUCUCUCUCGGGGCUCAAGUCAUGGGCGUCGCGGGGCACAACUUCAAGACGGUUGAUAGGAUUACGGGUCUGGACCCCGCCUACCCCCUCUUCGGCGAGGCUCCCCUGCAGGACCGCCUCGACCCCAGCGAUGCCUCCUUCGUGGACGUGAUCCACACCAACAGCGGCCCCCUCCUCACGGGCCACCUGUCCUUCCUGGAUCCGGUGGGGCACGUGGACUUCUAUCCCUGCGGUGGACACGACCAGCGAGGCUGCCAGAACUUGAUUGAUAACGUGCUGGAGAAUCUUGCCGAUCUCACUUUGGAUGACAUCGACGCCUGCAGCCAUGGUCGAGCUCCUGAGUAUUUCAUUCACUCCCUUUCUACCAAUGACUUCCUAGGAUUUAAGUGCGCCAAUUACGAUGAGUUUGAGAGGGGUAACUGUCUCAGUGUCACAAACACCCUUGGCUGGAACGUUGACAGAAACAAUAAGGGUAUUUUCUACAUGGACACUCUCACUGGAGCUCCUUUCGUUGCCUCGCAGGCCACGGCUACGGUGACUAUAGGAUCGACAGCGGCCCAUGGCGAUCUCUUCCUCAGGGUCAAGAUCGCCGGCAUGGAAGACAACGAGUGCCAGAUCUUCACCGGGUGGGACCGUGAGCGAGUACAACCAGGCAGUUCGUGGACUCACAUCGUCCCUGUCCCGAAGAGCGGUGGCAUGACGAGCACACAGGUUGAGCUCGAAUACGUCAUCAACGAACUCUGGAUCGGAUCGAACUCGAACACUAUGGACAUCGCUUCCAUUGACGUGGAUGACCAGGGAUCGCAUUCCUGUGUUGUUUCGGGAACUACACUGCACAACGCUGUACCCAGGACAUUCUCGCCUACUUCUGGGUCAUGUUAGAUUUUUUGCACUCGAAAUGGGAAAAAUGUUGCAAAUGUUGUCAAUGUUGGUGCAAAACGCAAUAGUGACAGCAUAAAUUGAUGUUAAAUAAAUUUUCUUGUUGGGUUAUGAUACCUUUGGAUAUGGAAACUAAUAAGUUAGUGUAAAAUAUAUAUAUAUAUUU